UGGACCUUUGAUCCAGGAUAAGGAACAGCUUGUGUAGUCUUGUAGAAGAAGUACACGUGAUCAUAUCUCACAGUAGGUUUCUCUGUUUAACCACCCAGCCCUCAAAGCCCCCUCCCAGUAUUUCCAUACGGUGUGUCACUUUACAACGUAUAUCCAUGCUGACACUUUAUUCUACACUGUGCUUCGCCCCUGUGGAAUAUUCCUUCACAGUGGGGGCACCGGUCUGACUACUGUGUUGGGUUAUUGGAAGUUGUUUGAGUCUAAUGAAAGGACGGACAUCAUGUUCAAAGCUUCCGCUGUGCUCCUGCUGACCCUGGUCCUCAAUGUUCAGCUAUGCUCAUCAGCACCGAUACCUGCCAAAGCUGCUCAGUCUUCUGGACCAGGACCAGAGAAACUUACACCAGUAACUGAAGAUCACAGUCACUUUGUAGAAGAAAAAGAACCAGUUGUGGAUACACUCAUUCCAGUUGUUGCAGGUGUAGCAGCUCCAUCUCCAAAGGAAUCACCUGCUGAAGAAGACAUUCCAGUUAUUGCAAAAGAACCAGAACCAAUUUUAAUCGGAGAUCAGGUCUCUGAUGACGCUGACAAAGCUUAUGAAUCUCAGGAAUCAGCCCCUCAGGAGCCUUUGGCUGCAGGCCCACAAGAAUCUUCAGAGGAGGGAACUAUCCAUGAAGAGGCUGCCUUUGCAGAGGCAUCUCCAGAAGAUACCACAGAAGAAGUUGCCAUGGCUUCUGCUGUUGAGAGUGAACAGCAUUAUGGGGAGGAUUCAGCUCCAGAAGUACUGCUUCCGGUCAUUCCUUUAGAAGCUUCAAAAGAUGAAGCUCCAGAAGAAAAUGCAGAAGCUGUAGAGGACGGAGAUCCAGGAGCACCAAUUCCCAUUCCUGCAAGAGCUUCAGAAGAUGAAGCUUCAGUUGAAAACGCAGCGGAACAAGCUGCAAAAGAACCUUUCCUUGUAGUCCCUGAUGACAAUACUGAAGUAAAAGUUGCUGGUCUUCCUGUGACACCAGCCAAAGAAAAAUCUGUUCUUGUCCCUGCAGAACUUGAGGAGUCAGCCCCAGAGGAACCCGCUAUUAUUGUUCCUGUGGAACCUGCUGAACAAGAGCUGGAUAAAGAGGAAACAGUCUCUAUCAUUUAUUCAGAAACAAAAGAAGAGGAAGCUCCAGAGGAAAAUGCAAAAGAAGAAGAAGCAGUUUCCCCGGUAGUCCUGGAAGAAUAUUCUGAAGUGGUCCCUGCCACAAACGAAGAACCUUCACCCAGUACAUUAAAAGAAGAGGAAUCUGUUGCCCUCUUUUCUGUAGAGUUUCACAGCAAAGAGGAAGGUCAAGUGGAACCUGUUGCAGAACAAACAGCACCACAAGAGUUAGCCCCAGAGGAACCUGCUGUUAUUGUUCCUGGUGAACUUGCUAAACAGGAGCUGGAACAAGAAGAAACUGUCUCUAUCAUGUAUUCAGAAACAAUAAAAGAGGAAGCUCCAGAGGAAAAAGCAAAAGAAGAAAAAGAAGAAGAAGAAGUUGCCCCAGUAGUCCUGGAAGAAAAUGCUAAAGUGGUCCCUGCUACAAAUGAAGAACCUCUUCCCAGUAGUACAUUAGAAGAAUCUAUUGCCCUGUUUCCUGUAGAGUUUGAGACUGAAGAGGAAGAUCAAGUGGAACCUGUUGCAGAACAAACAGCACCACAAGAGUCAGCCCCAGAAGAUCCAGUUGUCAUUGUUCCUCUAGAUCCUGCUGAAGAGGAGCCAGAGCUGGUAGUACAAGUUACAGAAGAAUCAAUCCCCAUAGCUUCCCCAGAAUCGCCAGAAGAAGAAGCUCCAGAGGAAGCUGCAGGAGUGCCUGUCCCAUUAGUCCCAGAAGAAAAUGCAGAAGAGGUCCCAGCUACCAAAGAAGAACUUUUCCCCAGUACAUUAAGAAGAAGAGGAAUCUGUUGCCCACUUUUCUGUAGAGUUUGACAGUGAAGAGGAAGGUCAAGUGGAACCUGUUGCAGAACAAACGGCAACACAAGAGUCAGCCCCAGAGGAACCUGCUGUUAUUGUUCCUGUGGAACCUGCUAAACAGGAGCUGGAACAAGAGGAACAAGAGGAACAAGAAGAAACUGUCUCUAUCAUGUCUUCAGAUGCAAAAAAAGAGGAAGUUCCAGAGGAAGUUGCCCUACUGGUCCUGGAAGAAAAUGCUGAAGUGGUCCCUGCUACAAACAAAGAUCCGUUUCCCAGUACAUUAGAAGAAGCUGUUGCUCUGUUUCCUCUAAAGCUUGAGACUGAAGAGGAAGGUCAAGUGGAACCUGUUGCAGAACAAACAGCCCCACAAGACUCGUCUCCAGAAAAUCCAGUUGUCGUUGUUCCUGCUGAAGAGGAGCCAGAGCUGGAAGUACAAGUUACAGAAGAAUCAAUCCGCAUAGCUUUCCCAGAAUCACCAGAAGAAGAAGCUCCAGAGGAAGCUGCCGGAGUGCCUGUACCAUUGGUCCCAGAAAGAAAUGCAGAAGAGGUCCCAGCUACCAACGAAGAACCUCUUGCUGGUGCAACAGAAUAAGAUAAAUCUGUUGUCCUUGAUACAGAAGAGAAAGUUCAAGUGGAACAGGCAGCAGAAGAAACAGAACCACCUACUGUCAGUGCUGUUGUGGAACCCACCAGUGAGGAACCAGCUCCAGAAGACCCACAUCUCAUCAUCCCCCUAGAGGAUCUAGAAGAGGAUGCUCCAGAUGACAACACAGAAAACGUUGUCCAAUCAGAUCCUCUCCUCACAGAAACCGCCCUGGAAGAGGACACAGCAGGUGACAGUGAUGCAGUGAUACUUGUCACAUGUGUCACUGAAACCUCAUCUGAGAAUGAUACCACAGAGACAGCACUGGAUCCAGGUGAGGAAGUAGCUGCAACCGAGGUUCCUGCUUCAACAGAGACCUUAACUGAAGCCCCUAUAGAACCUGUUACAGCUCCUCCUGCCCCAGCUGUCUCUAAGGCACACAUUGUUCUGGCUCCCCUAGAAGGUGGUGAUGGCACCAGCAUGCAGACUCGCAAUGAAGAUUUUGGAGCUCUAGCUACAUUGAUAGAAGAUGAACCUGUAGUUCUGGUGAACAGAGGGACAGUGCUCGGUGCAGCAUUCUUCACACUAAUGUCUUUUAUCGUUACCGGGUUUCUUGGGACGUCUAUAUACAAGAAACUUCGCUGAAUGCAAGACAGAUCAGUGGACAAAGAGGUGAUUGAUGAGCAACUGAAGCUGAACAAGUUUUUCUACAUUGGAUUUUUGCUUAGGAAAAGUCAAGAGAAGGAAAUUCUUCAAGAUUCGGAAAGCCAUAAAGCCACUAUGAUGACGGUAACCAGUGGUCGAAGUGGUUUUAAGAUCUUCAACUUAAGUAAAAGAAGCAAUACAAAAAUUCUACUAAACAAACAGUCCUAUUUAUAUUUUACUAAAGUAGAAUAUUAGUGAAAGUGGAAGAAGCAUCAUCAGCAAAAUGCAACUCAACAGAAGACAAGCCCCUGAGUCCUUAACGUGUACACAGCAUUUUCCUGUUGGUUGAAGAGCGAUCCUGUGGAGUUUUGUUAACAUUGAUUGUGUCUCAACCAAAUGCAUUAUGUGUACCCUUGGGGUCUAAUAUUGUAUUCCUAUUUUAAAUGUUGUUUACAUAUUUACAUGCUAGCAGUCAUCUUCUUCACAAACUUUUCUGCCACAUUUUUACUCUUCUUGUUACCACCACGUACUGUUGAAAAGCUUAAAACCUGUGGCAUGAAUGUUUAUUGUGUGUCCUCGUGCACAAUACAAACAAAGCGUGGAACAACUUGUAAAAACAUUGCUCCAUAGUGCUACUAGGGGUCAAAAGCUCCACAAGGCACCUUUAAUCUAUGCCAAUGGAUCACAUUUUACAGGCUGAUCAGCAGGUUUUGUAUAUGAAAUACUAUAGUAUGUAGUUUAUAUAUAUAUAUAUAUAUAUAUAUAUAUAUAUAUAUAUAUAUAUAUAUAUAUAUAUAUAUAUAUAGUAUAUAGUAUAUAUAGUAACUAUAGUCCAAGUGUCAAAUAAACGCAGUGGAGUAAAACAUACAGCAUUAUCCAAAAACAGUGUGGCUUAAUGGAAAUACUCAAGUAGAGUUUAAGUAUCUAUAUAUUUUCCACCUCUGAUCUUAAAACUGUGUCUUGAAAACUUGAAUUUGAUCAUGUUUUGAUUUUAAAAUGUACGGAUGAUGAAAACUUUGAUGCACUUUUAACUUUACUUACUUGCUUUUUUGAUUGUGGAUCAUUAAAGAAAAGGUCAACGCAGGUAUAGUCAAUAUUUAUUCUUUUUGCAGUUGUUUCAUCAAAUGUUGUCCACCCUUUAAUCACAAAAUGUUUUUUAUGUACAAUCUGUACAUUUCCAUUGGCCCCAUGGCGCAUACAGUACAGUUCAUGAGACCAAGUGGGCCUAUCACCUUUCCUGUUCUGUCAUGCAGCAUGAGAUGCAGAGCUCUCCUAUCAAUCACACUUUGGCAUGCUGCAGUGCCAGCUAUAUACCCACCGCUCAUCCAUUACAGAGUAAAUAUUUUUAGGAUGGUGAGGGGGACAUGGUGUUCAAGUGAAAGC